CCCCGCGGCCCCCCCGGUGCGCAUGCUCAGCUCCGCUCGGCCCGCGCCCUGGAUCGAUUCUUUUCUGGGCGGCCGCGGCGACCCCGGGCUGACUUGGGAAUGGGAAGCGGCGUCCCCGGAGCUGCUCCCGAGGCGGCGCCGCUGUAAGGAGCAGCCGGGGCGGGGGAGGCGGCUGCGGCUCGCCGGUGAGUACCCGGGAAGCGCCACCAUGGGGCUCCGUAAGAAGGGCGCCCGGAACCCGCCCGUGCUGAGUCAGGAGUUCAUCCUGCAGAAUCACGCGGACAUCGUCUCCUGCGUGGGGAUGUUCUUCCUGCUGGGGCUCGUGUUCGAGGGCACCGCAGAAGCAUCCAUCGUGUUUCUCACGCUUCAGCACAGCGUGGCCGCCCCUGCCGCGGAGGAACAAGCCGCGGGAUCCAAGUCCCUUUAUUAUUACGGUGUCAAAGAUUUGGCCACGGUUUUCUUCUACAUGCUGGUGGCGAUCAUUAUUCAUGCCACAAUCCAGGAGUAUGUGUUGGAUAAAAUCCACAGGAGAAUGCAGUUCACCAAAGCGAAACAAAACAAGGUUAACGAAUCUGGUCAGUUUAGUGUGUUCUACUUUUUUUCUUGUGUUUGGGGCACAUUCAUUUUAAUCUCUGAAAACUGCCUGUCAAACCCAACUCUCAUAUGGAGGGCUCAUCCCCAUAGCAUGAUGACAUUUCAAAUGAAGUUUUUCUACAUAUCCCAGUUGGCCUACUGGUUUCAUGCUUUUCCUGAACUCUACUUCCAGAAAACCAAAAAACAAGACAUCCCUCGUCAGGUUGUCUACAUUGGUCUUCACCUCUUUCACAUUACUGGAGCUUAUCUCUUGUACUUGAAUCAUUUGGGACUUCUUCUUUUGGUACUGCAUUAUUUUGUUGAAUUACUUUCCCACAUGUGCGGCCUGUUUUACUUUAGUGAUGAAAAGUACCAGAAAGGCAUAUCCCUGUGGGCCAUCGUGUUUAUCUUGGGUAGACUUGUGACUUUAAUUGUUUCUGUGGUCACUGUUGGGUUUCACCUAGCUGGAUCUCAGAAUCAGAAUCCCGAUGCCGUUACUGGAAAUGUGAAUGUGUUGGCAGCUAAAAUUGCUGUUCUGUCCUCUAGUUGCACUAUCCAAGCCUACAUAACGUGGAACUUAAUUACUCUCUGGCUUCAGCGGUGGGUCGAGGAUUCUAAUAUUCAGGUCUCAUGUAUGAAGAAGAAACGAUCAAGGUCUUCUAAAAAAAGAACAGAAAAUGGAGUGGGAGUGGAAACUUCAAACAGAGUAGACUGUCCACCAAAGAGGAAAGAGAAAUCUUCAUAAUAUUUGCAAGCUCAUUGAUUAAUGACUGCAAAGGAAUCUGCUCUUUGAGAUUUCUUUCUGCACUAGAGAUUUUUCUGUUUUCGACAAUAGUUCGUGCUCUUUGAUUUUUGCUAUCGAACUGUUUCAUGUCUUUUUUAAAGACAUUUGAGGGGAGGGAGAUUAUUAUGAGCGGGGGAAAAAAAAGAUUUUGGUUGAGACUAAACUACACAUCGUCAAAAUAAUGUUAAAAUAGUUUCGGGGACCGCCACUGUAAUUUGUUUUGAUUUUUAACCUUUCAACAUUUUCCUAAUGAUUUGCAGAGAUAACCACACAGUUUUGCAUAUCAGUGACACUAUUUCUUACUCCCACCAAUCUUUCAUAAUACCAACAAGGUGACCUGCCCUAGCAAGUUUAUGUGUUUAAUGUUUGCUUUGGGGUAAAAUAAACGUACUAAAAAGGUGGAAAUCAAAUCAGUAUUCUCUAGUUGUUAGAAUUUAUUUUUUAAGAAUUUACAACUCAGUCAAGAUAGGUAAAAUCACCAAAAUAAUAAUGUUCUUCAUUUUACAAGUAGUGAUUAUUAGUGCUAUAUCUCCAUUUUUGAAAAAUGUAGUACUAGUGGAUAACACAUAUGGAGGUUUAUUGCCAUAUAUAUUGCAUCAAAGUAUCAUUCAUUAACAUAAAAAUAUUGCUGAAGAGUUAAACCCAUUCCCGUCCAUUCCACUUGUAAAUGGGAAUUAAUGAAAUUAAAUAUUACUUUAAAAAG